GGAGAUCAACGAUUAACUUUGGGCUGAAUAUAAAAAGGCAGGGCAUAAAUAGCUAUCUAUAUCCCCCUUCUGUCUUCUUCUUCUCUGGUGGAGACAUGGGGAAAGGCAUUUACCUCAGCAAAGUGGUGGCAAUAGCAUGUGUGGUUGUAGCCAUCAGUGCUGUGGCCACCAUCAUAGCUCUGUCUGUGGUUUACGCUCAGGAGAAGUCAAAGAAUGGAGAGACACUUCCAUCCACUACCAGCCCCAGUACCACCCCCAGUCCUUCCACAACACCCUCCACCCCGAAGGAGCCCUGGCAGCGCUACAGACUUCCAACCGACCUUAAACCACUCUUUUACAAUGUGACCUUGUGGCCCCGGCUGGUGCCCAACGAACAGGGCCUGUACACAUUUGUGGGAAACUCCAAGGUGGUCUUCAGAUGUACUAGGAAUACAGACCUCAUCAUCAUCCACUCCAACAAGCUCAACCUCACUCUCUUCGAGGGAUACCAUGCCAAGCUCAGUGCCCUUGACGGAGCCACUGCACCCAGCAUUAAAAAGACCUGGCUGGAGGUUCCCACCCAGUACCUGGUGGUCCAGCUCAACAGCCAGCUGCAGAUCGCCAGCCGGUACGAGCUCUUCACUGAAUUUAUUGGAGAGCUGGCGGACGACCUGGGAGGAUUCUACAGGAGUGAAUACAUAGAAGAUGGGGUGAAAAAAAUUGUGGCCACGACUCAAAUGCAACCAACAGAUGCCAGAAAAGCCUUCCCCUGCUUUGAUGAGCCCGCAAUGAAAGCUGUCUUCCACAUAACUCUCUUGCACCCCCAUGGCACUGUGGCGCUGUCCAACGCCAUGAACUACGAACCCGUUAACAUCACUUUGGAAGGCCAGAAUUUAAUCCAGACAAGCUUUGAACCCACAGAGAUUAUGUCAACCUACUUGCUGGCUUUCGUUGUGUGUGAUUUUACAUUCAAUGGGACCAAACCGGGUGCAGACAUUUUGAUCAGGAUCUGGGCUCGCAAGAAGGCCAUAGAGGAGGGCCAGGGAAACUAUGCCCUGGAGAAAACUGGACCUAUAUUGGCAUUCUUUGAAGACUAUUACAACUCUUCUUACCCCCUGAGCAAGUCAGACCAGAUUGCUCUUCCCGACUUCAGUGCUGGAGCCAUGGAGAACUGGGGUCUGAUCACCUACAGAGAAACCGCCCUCUUAUAUAAUCCUGCUGUGUCAUCCAAUGGAGAUAAGGAGUGGGUGGCAACAGUCAUCUCGCAUGAGCUGGCUCAUAUGUGGUUCGGGAAUUUGGUGACCACAAGGUGGUGGAAUGACUUGUGGCUCAACGAGGGGUUUGCCACCUAUGUCUCUUAUCUUGGAGCCAACUAUGCUGAACCAACGUGGAAUAUGAAAGAUUUAAUAGUCCUGAAUGAGGUCAUUGGUGUGAUGGCCGUGGAUGCCUUGGCUUCCUCCCAUCCCCUCUCAUCCAAAGAGGAGGACAUCCAGAGGCCGGAGGACAUCAGUCAACUGUUUGACUCCAUCACAUAUAGCAAGGGAGCCUCAGUCCUCAGGAUGCUCUCAGAGUUUAUCACUGAGAAAGUCUUUUCCCAAGGGCUGCAUACAUACUUAGAAAAGUUCAAAUAUAAGAACACAGUCUACGAAGACCUCUGGAGGCACCUGCAAAUGGCGGUGGAUAAAUCUGGCAUUGUUCUGCCCAGAUCUGUGGAGGUUAUCAUGAACCGCUGGAUCCUACAGAUGGGGUUCCCAGUGGUCACCAUAAACACACAGACUGGAAAAAUCACCCAGAAACAUUUCUUGUUGGACCCAGACUCUGUAGUUGACAGACCUUCAGAGUUCAAUUAUGAGUGGUUUGUCCCUAUUACAUGGAUUAAGACUGGGGGACCUGAACAGCAGUACUGGCUUCUUGAUAGACAAGUUUCAAACACAGACGUAAAACUUGGUACUGAUGACUGGCUGGUAGCCAACAUAAAUAUGAAGGGCUUCUACAGAGUCAACUAUGACUCUGAAAACUGGGAGCGUCUCCUCAACAAACUGAGCUCCAAUCAUACGGAAAUUCCAGUGAUCAACCGAGCUCAAAUUAUUGAUGAUGCUUUUAACCUCGCAAGGGCAAAGACUGUGAGCACAACUCUGGCUCUGAGGACUACCAAGUUCCUCGAUAAAGAAGUCGAAUACAUGCCCUGGCAGACAGCCAGUCGCAACUUGGACUACUUCUUCCUCAUGUUUGACCGCAGUGAAGUGUAUGGACCCAUGCAGGCUUACAUUAAGAAACAGGUCACUCCUCUAUUUAACCACUUCAAAGAUCUCACGCUCAACUGGACAAAGAUCCCAGAAAAGCACACUGACCAGUACAACCAGGUGAAUGCAAUCUCCUUAGCCUGCAGCACUGGAGUGAAAGGCUGUAAGGAGCUGACCACUGGCUGGUUCAAAGAGUGGAUGAAUAACCCAGCUAACAACAACAUUAGUCCCAACUUGAGGUCCACAGUGUACUGCAGUGCAAUUGCAGCGGGAGGAGUGGAGGAGUGGGACUUUGCUUGGUCCAUGUACAAGAAUGCCACCAUCGCUUCAGAAGCUGAUAAACUCAUGUAUGCUCUGUCCUGCACCAAACAGCCCUGGCUGCUCAACAGGUAUCUGGAGUAUUGUCUGGACCCAGAGAAGAUCCGUAAGCAGGAUGCCACCUUCACCAUUGUUUACAUUGCUGGUAACCCCAUCGGCCAGCCUCUGGCAUGGGACUUUGUCAGAGCUAACUGGGCGCAUAUAUUCAAUGACUAUGGUGGUGGAUCAUUUUCCUUUGGAAGACUAAUUGAUGGAGCGACCAAACGAUUCUCCACUGAAUUUGAGUACAAGCAGUUGCUGCAGUUCAAAGAAGACAAUGUAGGACAGCUCGGCUCGGCCGCUGCGUCUCUUGAGCAGGCGCUAGAGAGGACCAAGGCCAACAUGAACUGGGUGGCCAUGAACAAGAAACAGGUGUUUGAAUGGUUCAUCAGUGAAAUGUCUCCAGUUUAACACUCUCCACUAUGCAGUUUUCAAAUGUAGAUUUUUCUACUGACUUUUAGUCCACCUGGAACCAAAUUUAUUGUUAUUAUGAAUGUUCUUAACGUGACGGAACUUUUUUAAAUGUAAAGUUUUGAUUAAGCCAUUUUUAUGAAUAAAGACUAU